AUGGCACGUACCGCCAAGGGGCUGACCGCCAUCGCCUGCGAAAAGGCGAAGCCCACUGAGAAGCCCUACAAGCUGGCCGACUCCGGCGGGCUUUACCUUCUUGUGUCGCAGGCCGGCCGGUACUGGCGCUGGGACUACCGCUUCGCUGGGAAGCGCAAGACGAUGGCCCUGGGCGUCUACCCUGAGGUGACCCUGGCCGCGGCGCGUGACAGCCACACCAAGGCGCGUGCCGUUCUGCGUGACGGCAUGGACCCGAUGACCGAAAAGCAGGCGGCCAAGCGCAAGGCGGCCACCGAUGCCGAGAACAGCUUCCGCGCCCUGGCCCUGAAGUGGCACGCCGUGAAGUCGGCGAGCUGGGCGGCCAACACCGCAGCGAAGGCGCUGCGCCAGAUGGAGCUGCACCUGUUCCCCGCCAUCGGGCACAAGCCGGUGACCGCCAUCACGCCGCCCGAGCUGCUGGCCGCACUGCGCCGCAUCCCGGUGAAGUACACGGCAACACGGAUGCGCGAGGUCGCCGGCCAGGUGUUCCGAUUCGGCAUCGCCACCGGCUUUGCCGAACGCAACCCAGCCGCAGACCUGCGCGACACACUGCCGGUCCCGAAGGUCAAGCACCGCCCGGCACUGACAUCCCCCAAGGAGUUCGGCCAGUUCCUGCGCGACCUGAAGGAGUUCCAGGGCGCCGACCGGCUGACGCUGCUGGCGGCACGGCUCGCCCUGCUGACCUGGGUUCGCUCCCAAGAGAUGCGCCUCGCUCGCUGGGAGGAGAUCGACGCCGAGGCCCGCGAGUGGCGCGUUCCUGCUGGCCGGAUGAAGAUGGGCAAGGGCUUGAGCCAGGCCCACAUCGUGCCGCUGUCCGACGCCGCCCUGGCAACCCUGGAGGAGCUGCGCACCUUGAGCGGCCACACGCCGCACCUGUUCCCCAACGUGACUGGCAAGGCCGACCACAUGAGCGAGAACACGCUGGGCCGGAUGCUCUGGCGCCUCGGCUACAAGAACCGACAGACCCUGCACGGCUUCCGAGCGAGUGCCCGCAGCAUCUUGGGCGAGCGUGGUUGGUCCCGAGACGCCCUGGAGCGGCAGCUCGAUCACGCCGAGAGAAACAAGGUCGUUGCAGCCUAUGCCCGCGGCGAGCACCUUGAUGAGCGCCGCCGACUGAUGGCUGACUGGGGCGCUGUGGUGACGGCUCUGGAGUCAGGGCAGACGGUGCUUCCUGAGAACGUGAUUCCUUUGACUAGGGCUGCAUGA